AUAAAAGCCCCGCGGCCUACGCUUGGCUCAUCGUGUUGGUUCCCGUCCCAGUUGUUGAUCGUGUGCAAGACGCCGCAGGACCCCGCGCCCGCUUGUCGCCACUGCGCUUGAGGCAGCCGGAGAUACUCUGAGUCCCCUGGAGCCCGACGCCUGAGGGUGAGAUGAACGCGCUGGCCUUCCUAACCGUCAGGACCUGUGAUCGCUUCUGGCAGACCGAGCCGGCGCUCCUGCCCCCGGGGUGACGCGCAGCCCCCCACCGCCCAGACACAUGGCCCCAGGCCAAGCACCCCAUCAGGCUACCCCAUGGAGGGAUGCCCACCCUUUCUUCCUCCUGUCCCCAGUGAUGGGCCUCCUCAGCCGGGCCUGGAGCCGCCUGAGGGGCCUGGGACCUCCAGAGCCCUGGCUGGUGGAGGCAGUAAAAGGAGCAGCUCUGGUAGAAGCUGGCCUGGAGGGAGAAGCUAGGACUCCUCUAGCAACCCCCCAUACCCCUUGGGGCAGACACCCUGAUGAGGAGGCUGAAGAAGGUGGAGGCCCUGGAGAGAACAGAGAGACACUGGGCCUGAAAACCAGCAGUUCCCUUCCUGAAGCCUGGAGACUUUUGGAUGAUGAUGAUGACAUGUAUAGUGAGCGAGAAGCAGCCAGUGUCCCUAGAGGGCAGGGAAGUCAAUUUGCAGAUGGCCAACCUGCUCCCCUGUCUCCCAGCCUUCUGAUAAGGAGGCUGCAAGGUUCUGAUAAGAACCCAGGGGAGGAGAAAGCUGAGGAAGAGGGAGUUGCUGAAGAGGAGGGAGUUAACAAGUUCUCUUCUCCUCUAUCACACCGGGAGUGUUGUCCAGCAGUGGAGGAAGAGGACGAUGAAGAAGCUGUAAAGAAAGAAACUGGCAGAACCUCUACUUCUGCCUUGUCUCCAGGGUCCAAGCCCAGCACUUGGGCGUCUUGCCCAGGGGAGGAAGAGAAUCAAGCCACGGAGGACGAAAGAGGAAUAGAAAACAGUAAAGGAGCCAGGAAGAACUCCGCGUCCCCCCCAUCUUCAGGCUCGAACCCCAGGGCCUGGGAGCAUCGCUCAGGAGAGGCGUCCGAGGAGAAGGAGGAAAAGGCACACGAAGAAGCUGGGAAAGGAGAAGCUGCCCCAGGGCCACACUCCUCACCCCCAGCCCAGAGGCCCCAGCUCAAGUCCUGGUGGUGCCAACCCAGUGAUGAAGAGGAGGGUGAGGUCAAGAUUUUGGAGGCAGCUGAGAAGGAUGGAGAAGCUGAGUGUCCUCCCUGCAUCCCCUCCUCAAGUGCCUUCCUGAAGGCCUGGGUGUAUUGGCCUGGAGAGGACACAGAGGAGGAGGAAGAUGAGGACAGUGAUACAGGAUCAGCUGAGGAUGAAAGAGAAGCUGAGAUUUCCACUUCCACACCCCCUGCAAGUGCUUUCUUGAAGGCCUGGGUGUAUCGGCCAGGAGAGGACCCGGAGGAGGAGGAAGAUGAGGAUGUGGGUAGUGAGGAUAAGGAAGAUGAUUCAGAAGCAGCCGUGGGAGAAGCUGAGUCAGACCCAUAUCCCUCCCACCUGGCCCAGAGUGCCCACUUCAGGGACUGGGUAUACCGACCUGGAAAGGAGACAGAGGAAGAGGAAGCUGCUGAGGACUGGGGAGAAGCUGAGCCCUGCCCCUUCCGAGUGGCCAUCUAUGUACCUGGAGAGAAGCCACCACCUCCCUGGGCUCCUCCUAGACUGCCCCUCCGACUACAAAGGCGGCUCAAGCGCCCAGAAACCCCUACCCGUGAUCUGGACCCCGAGACUCCCCUAAAGGCCAGAAAGGUGCACUUCUCCGAGAAGGUCACUGUCCAUUUUCUGGCUGUCUGGGCAGGGCCGGCCCAGGCCGCCCGCCAGGGCCCCUGGGAGCAGCUUGCUCGGGAUCGGAGCCGCUUCGCACGCCGUAUUGCCCAGGCCCAGGAGGAGCUGAGCCCCUGCCUCACCCCUGCUGCCCGGGCCAGAGCCUGGGCACGCCUCAGGAACCCACCUUUAGCCCCCAUCCCUGCCCUCACCCAGACCUUGCCUUCCUCCUCUGUCCCUUUGUCCCCAGUCCCGGCCACGCCCUUGAGCCAAGCUGUUGCCACACCCUCCUCCUCCUCUCCUGGUGCAGCAGCGGCUCCCCUGGACCUCACUGGGAGGCGUGGCUAAGACCAACUGGUUUGCCUAUAAUUUAUUAACUAUUUUUUCUAAGUGUGGGUUUAUAUAAGGAAUAAAGCCUUUUGAUUUGUAGC